AUGCUCAUAUUGCAUCAAGGGAUCCUUCAAACUCAAAGAUCAUUGUUUUCAACCAAGAGACUGUUUAAGAUUAAAGAUUUUAUUGAUAAUAAAGGAGAAAGACUAGAUUAGCAUGUGAGUCAAAGAAAUGAGAUGCUCAACUACAUAUAUGAUAUCAACUCCUUUCAAGGUCUUAAUGAUUUUAUGAUUGAGUAUAAGACCAGAGUGUCUAGAAUUAAUGACAGAGAGAAUGCGUUGUUUAUGGAUACUUUACUAAAGCAUGUCAAUAAUUCAGAAUUCAUUGAUAAUUUGGAAACAGACCUUGAGAGAUUAGAAAUUAUAGAGCUCUUGAUUGAAAAUUGCGACCUUUUUGAAAAAGGCUCUGUGUAGUAUCAUGUGAACUUUAAGAUCUCUGAAAAGUAUUUGGAUUCAAUUGAUAUUGCAGACCAAUUGGAAUCAUUAACAAGAAUGUGCAUUUACAAGUAGUAGAAAAAUGCACAUCAUAUUGGGACAGUAUUUACUUAGCUCUUGCAUAAAUUGCUAUAAAAGCAGGAUAAUUUGCAUAGCACAUUGAAAAUCCUUGCAGAUUCAACUCCAAUCAUUCUCUCUAAGGCUUUGAAUUAUGCAGAUAAAAGAUAAAUCCUUAGUUAGUUCUAGAGCAAUAUCGAAUAAGUAUCUCACUUACUUACCGCAGAACAGAUUAUAGAUGUUUUGGACAUUUCAAUGAAACUUAAUGAUAUAAAGUUGUCAUAGAGCAAAGUCAUCGUUGAAAUGCAAAACUAUAUCAAUUAGGUAAUCAAGAAACCAGAUAAUAAGCAUUUGCAAGACUAAUACUUGAGCAUAAUCGUAUAAUCUUAGCAAAGAAGCACAUCUAUUUUAAGAAUACUCGAAAAAGCUGAUAACGAUAGCAUCAUGAGAAAUUUGGAAGGCUACUUAAAGAUAAUAAUAUAAAGUGGUCAUCAAAAGAAAUUAUCAAAUUAAAUACUUGUAGAUCUUCUCGCAGCUCAAUCUUUAUCUGAUAAUCUAAACCUUAUCAAUUUCUUUAUCUAAUCACAAGAUAAGUGCCAAAAGCACUUAGUCAAGGAUGAACUAGACAAAAGACUUGAGACUGUAAUGGAAAAUACAGAUCUUUAAAUCGAUCAAUUAAUUUCAUUAGCCUGUAUACUUAAUGAAUUCCCUCAACAUAAAAAUGAAAUUGAGAAGGUCUCUUAUAUGAUUUUUUAAAUCCUUGAUAAUCAAGCUAAUGACAAUCUAAUUGAGCAUGAAUCUAAUAAUUUCUACAUUCACCUUCAAAUACUUGCAAAUAUUAUUUAAAAAUCAAUAGAGAAUAAAACACCAGUUUCAGAAGCCAUUUAGAGAAUAUAUUCGCAAGUGUUCAUGACAAUGUUCAAAUACUCUCGAUAAAGUAUUGCUUUCUCUAGGUUCAAAGAAUUUCUAUAAAUAUGUGAUGUUUACUGUCAAGAAAUUUUCCCAUCAAUGAAAUUCUAUCGUUAAGGAUUCGAUUCAUUGACCUACUUGCUUUAAAAUAAUCAUAUUAAAGAGGGAUUGACAGAGGGAAUCUUGCAUUUACUGAGAAACAUGCUAAUCAAUAUUGAUUCAAAAGAAUAAUUAGUCCAAAAAUAAGAUAUGUUCAUUAACAUUCUGAUGAAAAAUUUUAAACCUAAAGCUGCUCACUAUAAAAUAACUGACUUGAUCUCACUAGACACUUUACUCUGUGAGAUUUACUAGGAUAGAAGGCCGCAAUAAUUUGUUCAAAUGCUCCAAGAAUAGCUAACUAAUUUUUCUGAUUCACUAUCAGUUACAGAGAAAAUUGAUGGCUUAGCUCACCUUGCUUAAUACGGACUGAAAUUCGACAGUUUUAAGUAACCUUAACAAUAAAAAUUAGUCCAAUUAGUUGAAUCUGUUUUUAAAUAAAUCACUGGGUUUAAAACAGAUGAUAAUCAAUUAAGUGUUAGCCUAUUAGUCAUUAGCACGUUUCUAUAGCGUCAUUAAAGACUUAAUCUAGACCAAGAUGUAAUAAAAAAUUAUGAAAAAGUGAAGGAUUACUUGUUUAAUCAAAAGGAUGAGAGAUGUUUAGUCCCAUUUAUAAACGCAUCUGAUGUGUUUUAGAUUGAUCUGGAAGAAGAUGAAAUCGCAUUCAUAAAAUCAAUGUUCUAGCAAAAGUUUAAAUAACUAAAUCAAGUACAGAAUGAGUUCACUCUUGAGAGCAAUCUCAAGGAUAAAGUCGCAAUCAGGCACUUAACUCACUCUAUUUAAUAUCUUCUCAACAUUAAAACAUUUUUGGAAUUUUAUUCAAAUUCAAUUGAAACUCCAAAGUUAAGAACCAAGGACUUAUGA